AUGGGAGCAGGGACAAGGCCAGUGGGUGCUGUUGGCAACAUGACGAUCAUUAGCAAGGCCUGCAGCUCACACUGUGUGGAGCAGAGUUACUCCAUGGGCAAGAAGAACAUCACAUGUUGCUCCACUGACCUGUGCAACGCCAACGGGGCCCACGCCCUGCAGCCAGCUGCUGUCACCCUUGCACUGCUCACCGCUUCCGGUGGCCUGCUGCUCUGGGGCCCCAGCAGGCUGUAGGAUCCGGGAGGACCCCACUGUGCCCCACACGGGCUGUCAGUGCCCAGGGGCCCCGGAGCACUCUUCGCACACACCUGACCCAGUUAAGGCCCCUCCUAGACCCUAACUCAGGUGGCCCAUGCCCCUCUGCCCUUUCCAGCCUUCCAUGGCUCCCUCCAGAAGCCCUGCCCAGCUCCUACUGCUCAGCAGGCUGGGUUCUAUUGAUGCGGCACUGUUCCAAGUCAAUAGAACCCAGCCUGCAUGCAGUCCAUCCAACCCCCAUGUUGCAGCCUACUCCUUAACCCUUGCUCGGGCAUCUCUUCCUCCAGGAAGCCUUCCCUGCCCCACCCCCUCCAUCAGCUGAGCCAUGUUCCACCCACGGUGUCCCCUGCAACCAGCAAGGAGCAGGCACUCAGGAGGGCCCCACAAAGGCUGAGUAGAAUUAGGGGCAGGGAGUGUGAGGUCCCACGGGCCCAGAGAUGAGGUGUGGAGAGGAGUCCAGAUCCCCAUGGCCAUGGGAGUCCUGGGGCAGGAAUCCCAGCACUCAGGAGGCCCUUAAUAAAGUCCCCCUGACCUGG